UUUAUCUUAGAACACAAUAUCCCAAACUCUUGGUUACAAGGGUGGUUCUACUAAAGCUGUGGCUUUUGACCCUGUAAAUAUUUGAGGUCUAAAAGCAACUUAAAACAUGCAUAUUUGUAAAAUUUUGAAGCCAGAUGGUGUUCCGCACUCUAUUUUGUUGUAAGUAAUUCUUUUCUUUCUCUUGAAGAAAAUCAAAUCGAUUAUAAGAAUUAACUACUUUGUAUUUUAAGUAGCUAACUAUAUAAAGAAAGUUGAGGCGGAGGUCACCUAUUUUAUUGAGCCCCUGGUUAUGGUUAGCUAUAAUGAGUGUGUUUUGAGUAGUGGUGUUACAUUUACAAGCUAAAAUGAACCAAGGCUGGAUAAUAAUUGGUUAAGAGGCAUGUUUCUGCAGAAACCAGUUACAAUGUUAUUACCAACAUUAUUUGGGACAUACUGGCACAGAAGUUACAAAGCCUCGAGAAGAUGAAUUCUGAAAUUCGACUUACCUAUCCUAUUAGCAAUGAGAAGGAAUGAUAGAGAUGGAUGUUGGCUUGACAUGUUAGCCAAAGAAGCACAGACAACUGCCAAUCUCGCUCCGUACUAGGUUACACAUUUCCACUUUCGUGGUUAGGGCUACCUCAGAAUUUCAGCAAUGGCUGCAAAAAUUCUUGCUAAUUUAAUUGCAAUGGGCUCUUCUAUAUUGGCAAGGGCUUUUGUUCAAGCAUAUCGUCAGGCAUUGUCCAAUGCCUCGAAGAAUGGUGUUGCUCAAGAAGCAGUGCAGAAUAUUAAAAGAUCUAGCAAAACCAUGACGGAAGCAGAGGCAAGACAGAUUCUUGGUGUCACAGAGGAUUCAUCAUGGGAAGAAAUUGUGCAGAAGUAUGACAACUUGUUUGAGCGAAAUGCUAAAAACGGGAGUUUUUACCUUCAAUCAAAGGUACAUAGAGCUAAAGAGUGUUUGGAAGAAGUUCACAAACCUAAAGAACCAGAAACAAAAUAAGAAAUUUUGUGCUGAUGUUUAGUGUAUAUUCUUGCUGCUAAUGAUUUACCUAGCUAGUUCCUUGGAUCUUUGUUGAAAAUUUUAUAUUUUGGUGACAGCAGUUGAGGUUUCUGUUCAAGAACUUCAAUGUAGUGAGUGUGUUAAGACACAUCACAACACAACACAACACAACACACUCACACCAUUGUAGUAUACAUGUGUAUAAAGGGAUCAAUUUCUUGAGUAGCUAACAAAAAAAGAAGUUGAAAAAACUUGAUGACAUUUUCGCCCAUUAUUUUAAGUUGUAUUCAUUA